CAACUCCCAGCUGCAGACUUCACAGACCAGCAGGACAGGUAAUUACCAGACAGCCCCAACCCUUGACGGAAGAAAACCAUGGGAAGAGUUUUCCUCAGCGAAAAGAGAGCCAACAAUGUACUGAAGCGAUAUCCGAGAGCUAACACUUUUUUAGAAGAAAUAAGGCAGGGGAACAUUGAACGUGAAUGCAGAGAAGAAGUCUGUAACUACGAAGAGGCCAGGGAAGCUUUUGAAAACGAUGCAAAGACAAAGGAGUUCUGGAACGACUACACAAAAGGACAUCAGGGAGAGAGUAACAGAGGAAGUAACUGGUAUCCAUUUUACCUGGCAUUUCCAUUAAUCAUCGGUCUCUUCGUCAUCCUCAUUGUCAUAUUCGUAACCUGGAGGUACCUCUUAAGAAAGAAAACCCGCAGACAGACGGUGUACAGGCGUCAGGACGGCCUCGAAGCCAUGGGGGAGGCAGCCCUGUCCGAUAGCCGAGGACCCCUCCCUCAGCACCUUGGCAUUGUUCACUCGCCCCAGGAAGACCUGUUCGACAGCAGCGGGUUGUCGCCGGGAUUUCUGGGAUACAUAGGUGGGCGCUCAGAUUCCAUCUCCACUCGCCUCUCCAACUGCGACCCACCGCCCUCAUACGAGGAAGCCACUGGGGAGGUGGGCCUGAGGCGCAGUGAAACGGAACACCAUUUAGACCCACCGCCCCAAUACGAGGACAUCAUGAACUCCAGCUCGGCCAACUCCAUUCCCAUGGUGCCCUUGGGCCACAGUGCCAAAUGAAGGAGGGAAGAACCUCCAUGUCUCUAGUUACUUUUCAAACACUAAUGAAUUUUGCCGCACUUUAUCGUUGCUUACUCAUGCAUUUCCAUAUUUUAUUGGACUCUUUGUCGACACACCAAUUCCCCUUUGUGGGGGGCCCUAGUAAUCUUCUUGGGUUUUUAUUUUCAUUUUAAGUACCAUCUCCUAGGUGUAUGUUUUGCCGGUCGAAGUCUAAGGGGCUGGAACACGGAAAGCUUAAGUGCGGAUAGAAAAGUACCAGCAGAGUACUAGGCUGGAUGCUCAUCCUCUAGACUGGAAGCUCGCUCUGGGCAGGGAAUGUGUCUUCCAACUCUGUGGCAUCUGGACUCUUCCAACUACUUAGUGAGUGCUCUGCACACAGUAAGCACUCAAAUACCAUGAGUGAUUAACAGAGAACUUGUGACCGGCUUGAGAGGUGAUCAUCUUCUAUGGUAUACCCAGCCUAGAGUUUAGGAGGUUUAGAACGUACCCCUAACAGUGUUGGCAAAAUAAAAAGCAGUGACUAACCAAAUCGGUUAAACAUCCUAACUUCCCAAGGUGGCUGUCUUAAUCACACUCUUCUACUCUGUCCUAACUUUUUUAAGGAAAAAUGCAUGUGGAUAUCUGGAAAGGUUUUGUACAGAGAGCAAUGCAUGAUAAAGUGCUAACCAUUUUGACAUAGAAAGCAAAACAGUCACUGAUCACAUUUCAGAUUUUUGUGGUUAAGAACCAGUGUUGUUGAAUAUUCUUUUAUGACAAUUCAAUUAUGUUCAUUUUUUGGCUUUUGCAGAGGUCUAAUGUGCUGAAUGGAUUUAGAGAGAAACCAGUCACACACAAACAUUGCUGAUUCACUGCUCAACUCAUAUUUUCCAUCUUUUCCCCCUCUCUUCCCUUUGCCACUCGUUCUUUAUCCCUCCUACCCUUUAAAAAAAAUCUGGCAGGAAUUCUGGAAGAAAAUUAUUUUUAAAACAGUUUUGGGGAAGGAUGUUUUCUCCCCUCAAGAUUGCUGUAGGUUACCUGCUUAGCUAAAUGUUAAGGAAUUAAAGCACUAGAAUUUUUCUAGUGUAUGCAAAAUCCUGAAUGCCAGGAGUAGGCUAAAAUCCCACUAUUAGCUCUGAGUGUGUCUCAUGAUUGGGGCUUUACUGGGUUUUUGUUAUUUACAUAGGGUUGGGUAUAAAUAUAAAAUAAGGGCUGUUGGGUAUAAAUAUAAAAUAAGGGCUCGUGGUGUAUCGGGGCGGGGGGUGUGUGUUCCCAUCCAUCCCCCCGCCCCCCACUCCUCCCCAUGAUAGCCGAGAAAGGGAAAACUAUUGCCAACUUCUCCCCCAGCAGCUGGGCUCUUUACUGAUGGAUGGGAUUGCGUUUCCACGAUGCGCUGACUGGAAGCUUUUUACACCCUGCUCUCAGGAAUACCAGGAAUGCCAGUUGUCCUCCCAUCCCACCUCCCCGGCUUGGUGUCACAAGGAAUGAUUUACCAGGACUGAAGAUAUGUCUGCCUCUCAUGAAAACUUGCCAAAUUGGUAGAUUGUCCCAGUAACUGAAAUGUAGGUUCAUUCACUGUCAGUUGUACUUAUUGAGUGCUUACUGUGUGCAGAGCACUGUACUAAGCAUUUGGGAGAUCUCAAUACAAAGUUAGCAGAGAGAGACUGCAUGCUCUGAGGAAAAGCUAGUUGUUAUUUAUGUGCUCCACUCUAGGAAAUGUCCCAUAAAUUCCUGGACCCAACCGGACUCACAAGAACCCAUUCUGAUGUUUUUUCUCCACAUGGCAGGGGAUUCUUAAAGAAAAUGUUUGAAAAGGGGAACAAACUGCUUCAGGGUUUGGGAAAACAUUUUCUAGAAGGGCCACACUGCUUUAUCACAUGGUCUACAAGUACAAGGUUAAGCCUUGUUACCUGUAACUUGGGUGGUCAUCAAGCAUUUUCCUUCUUAGCGUGAUCAGUGAACGAAAGAUUGGCCCAAUCAGUUUAUUCCCUCCAAUUUGGACUUCUUGGAAGGGUAGCAAUCAAAAUGCCAAUCUAAUGACCACUCUUUAGGUGGAAGGGCAACCCGCCUUUUUGAUUUGAACUUAAUGACUGGCAGGACAUUAUUUGAACCAAAGCAGGUCUAAGAGUCAAAAGAUUCAAUAUUGGAUCACUAAAUUCAUGUCCAGUUAAAUCUGUUCAUGCAUCUUAAGCAUCUGAGUGGGUAUCUACUUUCUCCCUUUCACAAAUAACUUGUUUGUAGGCAAAAUUAAUGUUUGCCCUUUGUUUACACUGACCAUUCUGUUGUCAAAGAGCCUUUCAUUCUGAUUAGUCAGAGAACUCAGAGAAGAAAAGUGGAAAUUGGCAAUGGGAAAAUAAAAGAAUCCCUGUUUGAUGUAAAAAAUGAACGCAACUAUUUUCUUUUUCAUGAAAGGUGUUACACGACCUAUUCGGAAAUGGAAGUACAGUUUUGUAGAUUGGAGUUUACUGAAAUUAAGGCGUGUCUUUGACUUGUGAUAUGUUUAAUGUUUAAUGUUUCUGCCUGUGCAAUCUAAUUGAUAGUCCAUUUGCCUCUUAAUGGUUUUUAUAAAGAUUUAUUUUUGCAGGAUUCACUUCCUUUUUUAAAACAACUGUAUCUAAAAUGAAUGAAUUCUUUUGCGGUAAAUAUGAAAGUAGGAUUAACAACCUUACCUCUGAAUGCGUUUACCAUAACUUCUGGGGACUACAGAAUGGGCAGAUUUUCAAGAUGCGUGCUUUGAAUGUAAUAAUGACUCAUGUCUUGUGCAAACCAAUAAAAUGACUUAUUUGCUGAUAACCAGUGUGAACAGAGAUAGAGCCCUUUAUUAAGGUGUGAUGAAUAACUUGAUACCUGUGAGGGUAGCUGUGUCCAUUGCAAAAAUUACCUGUAUUGUGUUACAACGUUAAAUAUGUUUGAAGAUUUGGUUUACAUUAAAUUAUCAGUUAAACAUUUUGCUGAUAGUUAUAAAAUACAA